AUGAGCGUGCUUUUAGAGACCUCCCUGGGCGACAUCGUAAUUGACCUGUUGGUCGACGAUGCACCCAAGGCGUGUGACAACUUCUUGAAGCUAUGCAAGCUCAAGUACUACAAUUUUUCGCCCAUCCACAGCGUCCAAAAGAAUUUCACCUUCCAAACCGGCGACCCGCUUGGCCCUGACGCACCCGAGAGUGAUGGAGGAUCUUCAGUAUGGGGUCUGCUGGACGGACCGUCGAAACGAACAUUCCCACUCCAGGUGUCGCGCAAGUUGAAACACUUGGAACGCGGUACGGUGAGCAUGGCGACAGUGCCGGCCAAGAACGACCCCGACCAACGGAUAGCCGCCAGUCAAUUCAUCAUUACACUUGGAGACAAUCUGGAUUAUUUAGAUGGCAAGGCCGUGAUUUUCGGCAAGGUUGUCGAGGGCUUCGACGUUCUGGAAAAAAUCAAUGACUCUUUUAUUGACGACAAAGGUCGACCGCUGAAGGACAUUCGCAUUCGUCACACCACUGUCCUUGACGAUCCCUUUGAUGACCCGCCAAAUCUGGUUGAACCACCUGAAAGCCCGCUACCCUCCAAAGCCCAAUUGGCCACGGUCAGAAUCGCGGACGAUGAGGACUUGGAUGAUGACAUGGAUGAAGAGGCUAUGGACAAGCUCCGUCGUGAGCGCGAGGCUCGCGCGCAGGCGCUGACAUUGGAAAUGGUGGGAGAUCUGCCAUUCGCCGACGUCAAACCGCCAGAGAAUAUUCUUUUUGUUUGCAAGCUCAACCCGGUCACACAAGAUGAGGAUCUGAAUCUGAUUUUCAGCCGCUUUGGAAAGAUCUUGUCUUGCGAGGUCAUUCGGGACAAGCGCACUGGCGACAGUCUACAGUAUGCCUUUAUUGAAUUCGAGGAACAGAAGGACUGUGAACAGGCCUAUUUCAAGAUGCAGGGUGUUUUAAUUGAUGACCACCGGAUCCAUGUGGAUUUCUCACAGAGUGUAUCCAAAUUAUCCGAAAGCUGGCGCAAUUCUACUGUCACCAAGCGCCGACAGAGAGGUGGAUUUGGUGGUGUUGAGGAUCUCGAAGCGAAACGCCAGUACCGAGAGCUGGAUGACGCGCCUGUUUAUGAAGAUGAUCCUAGAUAUGGGAUGAUGUUUGACAAGAACAAGAAAAGGGGCGCUCCAGCUCCGCCCCGCGAGGCUCCGCGGGAGGCCCCGUCAGAUCGUACUCGCGUUCGAGAUCGAGCAAGUCGAAGCCCUCGUCGAGAUAGAGAUCGAAACCGUCGAUAUAGUCGGAGUCGGAGUCCACGACGAGAUUCACGGAGAGAAGGCCGUUACCGACGAUAG